CUUGUUCGACCGGGCGCGUACCUCUUCGUGCUUAAAAGCCAGUGACCCCCACUCGUGGAUGUGAAGCAUCUUUCCGAGCGGCUUCCCCUCCCAUACCUCGAGUGGUGCCUUGCCGCCCAGGACUUCGGUCGGGGUCCGAUUCUUGAGGUAGAUUGCAGUCAUGAAAGCCUCCCCCCACAGCUGUUGAGGAAGGUGCGGUGCUCCCAAGAGAAGCUUGCGGGCAGUGCCGAUGAUGGUACCAAAUCCACGCUCGGCGAUGGGGUUCCCUUGCGGGACAUAGGGGGGGCUAUUCGUGAGCUUGAUUCCGAGCGACUUACAUAGCGCCAGAAACUUGCCCAAAUACUCCGCUCCCCCGUCGCAGUGCACCGUGCCGAUGCUCUGACCAAGCGGGUCGGCCUCGUCCCGAACCAGAGUUUGAAGAGCUUCGGCCGUUUCGUCUUUCGUCUUGAGUAGGUAGCCGAACCUCAUGCGAGUAGCCGUCAUCAGUAAACAUCACGGCACUCUGGCAACCCCCGUAUGUUUCCCCCACGUAUCGGCAUUUAGAAUUUCCAGCCGAGUCUCCGAGAGGGGACGGUUAGACGGGGGGUGGCUGCCCUUCUUACUGUCACCAACCGCACAAACACCGCAGUCACCUGGUUCGAUGUUGCGAUUGAACCUGAUUCCGGUAGUGUCCUUGUCCGCCAGCUGCUGCAGCGCUCGCGAGUUGCAGUGGCUCAUCCUCCGGUGCCACAGGUGAGCGUCUACCUUCGUGCGAUUUACUUCUACAGCGCCCAGGUUGACGUCGUCGAUGAUGACAUUCAGCACGUACAUGCGAGGCACUGCGGUCGAGAUCGGAAAGACCUGGUUGCCCAUGCAAAGCGCCGGCGGGGUAGACAUCAGAUCACACAUCACCCCCUUCUCGGCCAGCGCUCCAACCGAAAGUAUGUUCGCUCCAAGGCCCCGAACCAGCAGAACCUCCAGAGCUACUCGCACGACUUGGUCUUGAUCAUUGCGCACCCCAAACUUCAGGGUACCUUUCUUGGUUGCGUCGGAUGUGCCACACGACCCGAUAAUGCGCACAGCGCAAUCUACCGGAUUGAGGACGUGAUGGGACAAGCGAGACUGCUCAUCCACCAUGUGGCUGGACGCGGCGGAAUCAAUGUAGCAGGCGGAAUCAUC